UUGACAACCCUUUCAAAGGAGGCAGUCUCCAAGAGUACUAUACAUUUUUGUGAUGUGAAAUCUCCGUCAAUGCGAUCAACCAGGCUCAUGUCCAGGAAGCAUCGGGAAAAGCUUCUCAUAAAAAUGAGAGAGUCAGAUCUUGAGAAUGAGCCACCACAGGCUGACUCCCCGCUGUGCAAACUAAAGGGGAGUAGGAAUGUGCUGGUGAAGCCUAAAAUUGCAGAACAGCAAGAGCUUGAGAAGAUACAAGAACUUCAAAAGAAUCUCAAGAAAAAUGAGCAUUCCAUGAAAGCUGCCAUAACUAGAGCAGGUCAGUCUUUGAAUAAUGGUGACCCUCCAGUCACAAAACCAGUGGAUUUUCUCUGUAAAACCAAUGAUCAACUUGAGCAUGGGUCCAAUCAACCUGAGAGAAAUGACUGUAACAUGGUGAAAUUUGUUGCAUCACUAAGGAGACACCAACCGCUAUCGGUUCAGAUUCCUAAACGAGGAUACACAAUCCCAAAACCCUUCAACCUGUCACAGGGAAAAAAACGAAAGCGUGAGGAGGCUUUGGAAUCCAGUGCUGAAAAGGUUAUAUCUUUCUCCAAAAGAACUCCCGCACCUUAUUGCCUGCAUGGCCACCAGAGGGAGCUCGAGGAAGAGGAGGUGCCUGUUAUCAAAGCCACUCGUACGCCACAUUACAGGGUCCUAUUUAAACCCAAACUUUUAGAAAAGAGACAAGUUGAUCAUAGGCGGAGGGUGACUUUUGAGUUUGGGAAGGCUAAUCAAAGAUCAGCAAAAAAAAUUUCACCUACCGGAGGUGCAGGCCUUCAGAGCAGUUGGGGGAAACAAUAGCAUUUUUUAAAGCAAAGUCCCCUAUAGAGUGCUAUAGUCACCUUAUUAAGAAAAUGUGUGUGCCCCAAUGAGGCCUUCCAUACCAGGAGGUCCCUCCCAGUGAACAAGCCACAGUGCUUGAUAGAUUUCUUAAAAGAGAACUGAACCCUAAAACAAAAUAUGGCUAAAAAUGCCAUAUUUUAUAUGCUGAACUUAUUGAACCAGCCUAAAAGUUCAGCAUCUCUAUAGCAGUGAUUUCAAACUUGUCACAGGAACUCCCUAUCUUUGAUUUUGUUAAAAGUCUUUUACACGCACAUGCUCAGUGAGCUUUGAGCAGCUGUUUAGAAGCUAAACGUAGGAGUUUUCACAAAUCAGAAAAUAGGUAAGACUGUUAACUGAUAUUACGAAGCUGGUGAAUAAAUUAUGAUGCUAA